AUGGCCAAUGUCGACAGCAAAGAGCAGCAUGAGCCGCCGCCGGCGAACAUGCUCGUGCUGGACCUGCGCAAGUACCUCCUGCUGCUGGCCAUCCUGGCGGCGACGGUGACCUACGCCGCCGGGCUGAACCCGCCAGGUGGCGUCUGGCUAGAGAGCGGCGGCGGCCACCUCACCGGCAACCAAGUCCUCGUGGUCACCUACCACGCGCGCUACAACGCCUUCAGCUACAGCAACGCGACCGCAUUCAUGGCGUCGGCCGUCGUCAUCCUCCUCCUCCUCCUCGCCGUCAAGGAUAAGGAAAGCAAGGGCGCCAUGUUCAAUGCCCUGCGCGUGGUCAUGGCACUAGACAUGCUUGCCCUCGUCGUGGCCUACAUCGCCGGGGCCAGCCGGGACGCCACCACCACCACCGUGGCCUCGUCGCUGGCGUUCCCAGUUCUCGUCUACGUCAUGACGCACGCGGUGGCCUCCUUUAUCGGCCGAUAUCGACCGAAAUCUCCGUGCGACCUUUGCGUGGCGACGACGAUCAUGAUGAAGAGGCGGCGCAAGGUGCUGAUGCUCCUUGCCAUCUUCGCGACGACCAUCACCUAUACAGCGGGGCUGAACCCGCCGGGAGCAUUCUGGCCGAAGACUCAGGACGGCCACCGCGCGGGGGACCCGGCCAUGCAGGAGCGCCACCGGGGCCGCUUCCUAGUCUUCUUCGUCCUCAACACCUUGGCGUUCGUCGCAUCCGUGGGCGUGAUCAUGCUGCUCCUGACUAACCAAUUCAACGAGAAGUUCUGCAACAAGUUCUUGUACCUGCACCUGCAGUAUGUCUGCAUCGGUGUAGCGCUGGUCAGCCUGGCCGGAGCAUACGCUGCCGGGACCUGCAGGAAGACGGACUCUACCACUUCCGUCGUCGUCCUCUAUCUCUGCAGCCUCGCACUCGUGCUCGGCCUCUUGUACCAUGCCAGCCGGAGCCGGGGCAAUCUGGAUGAGAAGCAAGACAACAAUAAGAACCAAACAAAAGCUAAAGAUCAUAGCCUCAGCACAGCUCGAUCUCUGGUCCUUCUACUUGCAACACUUGCGGCCGCCGUGACAUACCAAGCUGGCCUAAACCCGCCAGGCGGCUUCUGGCCUGACGACCGCGACGGCCACAAGGGCGGAGACCCGAUCCUCUUAGCCAAGCAUGCCACACGGUACCGGGUGUUCUUCUACUGCAACUCGACAGCCCUUGCAGCCUCCUUGGUUGUCAUCUUCAUGGUUCAAAGAAAUUGCCUAAGCAAAAGGACCACCUAUGACAAACUUAGGCUCCAUGCACUGCAGGCUGUCAUGAUACUGGACUUGAUCGCCCUGAUAGGUGCCUACGCCGCAGGAUGCUGCCGGGAUACGAGCACAUCUAUCUACGUUAUUGCCCUGGCGGGCGGUGUGCUGGUCUACGUGGUCUUCCACUUGGUCUUCUUCACAAUGCAUCGCGACGACCUCCACGAGAAGAAGGAGAUCGUGGAGCGCGACCGGAAGCUGUUGCUGAUGCUAGCGAUCUUGGCCACGACACUCACGUACCAAGCCGGGCUAACCCCGCCCGGGGGCUUCUGGCUCGAGGACGACAAUGAGCUUGGCCACCGGGCCGGUGACCCGGUCCUCUUGAGCAACUACCCUCGCCGCUACACGGCCUUCUUCUACCUCAAUGCGACAGGCUUCAUGGCGUCCGUCGCACUCACCGUCCUCCUGGUGAACCCGAACCUCUACAGGGCGGCGAUACGGAGCCACGCACUGUGCGUGUGCAUGGUGGCCGGCCUGUUUGGUCUCAUGGGCGCCUAUGCUGCAGGAAGCUCAAGGCAUCUGCGGACAUCCAUCUACAUGAUUGCAUUGAUCGGUCUAGUGUUCACAUUUAUAACCUUGCUACUUAUAUUCUUGUCCCAUCCCGACUUGAUAGGGAAGUGGAUAAGACGGAACCCUUGUGGUUGUGACAAAUCAAAGCCUCCCAACGGCACAGAGAAGCAGGCGGCAGCGAACCCUCCUAUAGCUACUGUGGGUACCGACGAAGCCGCCGUACGCAGCUUAGAGGCUGGUGAUGGCACGACGGGCAAGGAAGCAUCUCUGUCCCGCUCCAUUGAAGCUGGUGGUGGCACAAGCAGCUCAUCAGGAAACCAUGUUGAGCCACACACGGAGCGAAGGUACCUGGUGCUACUGGGAGUCCUUGCCGCGAGCGUCACCUACCAGGCCGGCCUUGUCCCUCCGGGUGGUUUCUGGCCGGACAACAGGGACGGCCAUGCGGCCGGCAACCCGAUCCUGCACGACAGCAACGACCGCCGGUACCACAUCUUCUUCUGCUGCAACUCCAUCUCCUUCGCGGCAUCCAUCGCCGUCAUCGCCCUGCUCAUGCUGGAGCUCGUGAAAAGGAAGGAUGACAGGGAGCGCACGUUCCUGAUCCGUGCGGCACACUACAUGAUGCUACUGGACUUGGUCGGCCUCCUGGGUGCAUACGCGGCUGGUUCUAGCAGGGAGUGGGAAACGUCCGGCUACAUUGUGGCUCUGGUGGCCGCCGUGCCGCUCUACAUUGGAGUGCAUAUCUUCAUGUAUUGGAUGUGCCGGCCGGCGCCGGGCACAUCGGGGUAAAGGUAACGUUAACCCUCAUCAGGAUUUGCCAAAAUAGAGAGAAUCUAGUUUACCCUGUCAAAGUGAAGCAAGUUCUCUCUGAUUUACAAUCUGCACUAAGAUGCUGCGAUUUUUUUCUUUAUUCGUAACUUUCCUUUGGCACCCUGCUAGU